AUAUAACUUCUGAACAACAGAACGUAAUUAAUGCUCUGACAGUAAUUCAUUUUACAACUUAUUCAAUAAGUUGUUUUUUAAUAGUUGCUGGGUUUGCCAUUUAUGGAAAAAAAUUGGUGGAUAUUGCGAAUGAAGGAUUACGUCUAUUGGAAGGUGUAAACGGUUAUCCAACUACACCAAGAACUCCAAGAUCUCCAAAGCGUAAUAGAUUUUCUCUUGCUACACGACGAGAAACUUCACAACCAGGCAACGCAAAUAUUACAAAUAUUGAAAAUAAUACUGAAAUUGGUGGAGCUUUUACUCAUUCUACAGAAUCUAUUGAAACUACCUCGAUCAUCACUUCUCAUAGUAGAACAUCAUUUCAUCAAAGAAAUGAAUCUACGGGUUCAGAUACUCCGUUAAUUUGUAAUCCAUCACUUUCAAGUAUAAAUGGAUCACAAUCUGAAUCAAAUAGUCAAAUUGUGGGUCAAAGGAAUUCAUCAUUAAAACAUCCGCUAUCGAUAAAAUGGCCAACUAUCAUUUCACCAAUACAUCUGCCAUCAAAACAAUCAGUACAGUAUGGAAAGAGAAAUAGUUUUAAAGAUCUAAAUAGGAAUUCUUUGGUCGGUGCAAAUUCAGGGACGAAUAAUACGUCGUAUAUAAAUAUAGACUUUACACCUGUUCAACAAAUUAGUUUAAGCUUUCCUGGUUCAAGUGAAGAAAUUGUAGAUGAAGAAAAUAUUAGUGAUUUUGUAAUAGAACCUUCUGAGAUUAAAUGA